AUGCCUUCCGUUUCCGACUCUGACGAGCUGAUAUUUUUUGUGAAUGGAAAAAAGGUCGUAGAGAAGAGCCCUGACCCUGAAGUGAAUCUGCUCUUCUACCUGAGGAAAGUUCUCCGUCUCACAGGCACUAAAUAUGGCUGUGGGGGUGGCGGCUGUGGCGCCUGCACGGUGAUGGUGUCAAGAUAUGAUCCCAAGAGCAAGAAGAUUCAGUAUCCUUUUCUCGGGCCUGGCUAUGCUCUGGGCGAACGGCUUGCCAAGUGUCAUGGCACACAGUGUGGGUUCUGCAGCCCUGGCAUGGUGAUGUCCAUCUACACGCUGCUCAGGAACCACCCAGAACCAACGCCUGAUCAGAUCACCGAGGCACUUGGAGGUAAUCUGUGCCGAUGUACCGGAUACCGACCAAUUGUAGAAAGUGUGAAAACCUUCUCGCCGGGAUCAACUGUUUGCCAAAUGAAAGGAUCUGGACAGUGCUGCAUGGAUCCAGACGAGGGGUCUUUUGUGAGUAGAGAGGAAAAAAUAUGUACCAAACUGUACGACAAAGAUGAGUUCCAGCCCUUGGACCCGUCGCAGGAACCGAUAUUUCCUCCCGAGCUGAUCAGAAUGGCUGAAGACCCAGAUAAGCGGAGGCUGACGUUCAGAGGGCCGAGGACCACUUGGUUCGUGCCUGUGACCUUGGAGGACCUUCUGGAACUCAAAGCCAGCUACCCGAAAGCCCCUCUUGUCAUGGGGAAUACCGCAGUGGGACCCAGUAUUAAAUUUAAAGGUGAAUUUUAUCCAGUUUUUAUAUCCCCACUUCGGUUUCCAGAACUGCACUUGGUGAAGAACACAGAAAAUGGGGCAACAAUAGGGGCUGGACAGAGCCUGGCACAGUUGAAAGAUGCCUUGGAUUUCCUGGUUUCGGAGCAACCAAAGGAGAAGACCAAGACCUUCCAUGCCCUCCUGAAGCAUCUGAGGACGCUUGCAGGGCCCCAGAUUAGGAAUAUGGCUGUACGCUAUCUAUUUUUCUAUAAGCUAAGCCACAGUGUAUAUCCUUUUUCUGUAACAGAAGGAGAACAGCAGAUUCCUUUCGAUGGCGCUUUCUUUGAGGGGUCCCCUGAGACCAACCUGAAGCCAGAAUGGGUGGUGGUGUCUGUCUCCAUCCCAUACACUACCCAGUGGCACUUUGUGGCAGGCCUCCGGCUGGCCCAACGUCAGGAAAAUGCCGUCGCCAUUGUCAACGCUGGCAUGAGCGUGGAGUUUGAAGAAGGCACAAACACCAUCAAGGAUCUUCAGAUGUUCUUCGGAAGUGUGGCCCCCAAGGUGGUCUCUGCGAGCCAAACCUGCAAGCAGCUCAUUGGGAGGCAAUGGGACGACCAGAUGCUGAGCGACGCGUGCCGGUGGGUUCUGGAGGAGAUCCGCAUCCCAGCAGCAGCCCAGGGCGGCAUGGUGGAAUACCGACGGACCCUCAUCGUCAGCUUGCUCUUCAAAUUCUACCUCAAAGUGCGCCGGUGGCUGAACAAAAUGGAUCCCCAGAAGUUUCCUGACAUCCCAGAAAAGUUCGUGAGUGCUCUGGACGACUUCCCCAUAGAAACUCCCCAAGGAAUUCAGAUGUUCCAGUGUGUGGAUCCCAACCAACCCCAGCAAGACCCGGUGGGGCGCCCGGUCAUGCACCAGUCGGCCAUUAAACACACCACGGGAGAAGCUAUCUUUAUCGAUGACAUGCCUCCCCUUGACCAAGAACUCUUCCUUGCUGUCGUCACCAGUACCAGGGCCCAUGCAAAGAUCACAUCACUGGAUGCGUCCGAAGCCCUGGCAUGUCCGGGUGUGGUUGACGUGAUUACAGCUGAAGACGUUCCAGGAGAAAAUAACCACAGUGGAGAAAUUUUCUAUGCACAGGAUGAGGUCAUUUGCGUGGGUCAGAUCGUCUGUGCCGUGGCCGCGGAUACCUAUGCCCACGCGAAAGAAGCGGCUAAACGAGUGAGGAUUGCUUAUGACGACGUAGAGCCAGUGAUUAUCACAAUAGAGCAAGCCCUAGAACACAAUUCCUUUCUGUCUUCUGAGAAAAAAAUUGAGCAAGGAAAUGUGGAAUAUGCCUUCGAACAUGUGGACCAAGUCAUUGAAGGUGAGAUCCACGUGGAAGGCCAGGAACAUUUCUACAUGGAGACGCAAAGUAUCCUGGCUAUCCCGCAAGCUGAGGACAAAGAGAUGGUGUUGCACUUAGGAACACAGUUCCCAACCCACGUUCAGGUAACAGGGGUGUUGCAGAGACCCUGGGAUAAACUUCUCUGCUCUCUUGCCCUUCAAUUCCCUGCAUACUUGACCAGGAUUAGAAAAGUAAUCAAGGGCACUUCUGAUGUCCCCAGUGGUAGCUCUGGGACCACAAAGGCCAAGAUCACGAUUGUCGUCUACCACCGAGACCUCCUGGCUACACUCAGUCAGUUCCACAGCAGCGGACUCCCCCGCACCCCCAUCUUGUGUGUCUGCAACUUGAUGGAGGACGAGGCUUUUUGUAACAGAGUCAUUUCCCACAGGACUGGCCGCCCAAUCCGCUUUAUCCUAGAGCGUAGCGCUGACAUGCUGAUAACCGCUGGCCGACACCCGCUCCUGGGGAAAUACAAAAUCGGCUUCAUGAAUAACGGGGAGAUCAAGGCAGCUGACGUGGAGUAUUACGUCAAUGGAGGGUGCACCCCUGAUGAGUCUGAGAUGGUGAUAGAGUUCAUUGUGCUGAAAUCUGAAAAUGCAUAUUCUAUCCCGAAUUUCCGGUGCCGGGGCAGGGCUUGCAAAACUAAUUUACCGUCUAACACCGCCUUCCGAGGAUUCGGCUUCCCUCAGGCGACAGUGGUAGUGGAAGCGUACGUAACCGCGGUGGCGUCUAAAUGUAACCUACUCCCCGAAGAGGUUAAAGAAAUAAACAUGUACAAGCAAACUAGCAAGACAGCCUAUAAGCAGACAUUUAACCCGGAGCCCUUGAGAAGAUGCUGGAAGGAAUGUCUGGAGAAGUCCUCGUUCUAUGCUAGGAAGCAGGCUGCAGAGGAAUUUAACAAGAAGAAUUAUUGGAAGAAGAGGGGGCUUGCUGUCGUCCCCAUGAAGUAUAGCAUUGGGAUGCCUAUAGCCUUCUACAAUCAGGCCGCCGCUCUUGUCCACAUCUACCUGGAUGGCUCGGUUCUGCUGACUCACGGGGGCUGUGAGCUGGGACAAGGCCUGUACACCAAAAUGAUUCAGGUGGCUAGUCGCGAGCUCAACAUCCCACAGUCGUACGUGCACCUGUCGGAAACCAGCACCGUCACGGUGCCCAAUGCUGUCUUCACCGCCGGCUCCUUGGGGACAGACGUCAACGGGAAGGCCGUCCAGAACGCCUGCCAAAUUCUCCUGGACCGUCUUAGUCCCAUCAUCAGGAAAAACCCUAAGGGAAAAUGGAAGGAAUGGGUUGCAAAGGCCUUUGAAGAAUCCAUCAGCCUCUCGGCCACCGGAUAUUUCAAAGGUUACCAGACAAACAUGGACUGGGAGAAGGAGGAAGGUGACGCUUACCCCUAUUAUGUCUACGGCGCAGCCUGCUCUGAGGUCGAAGUUGACUGCCUGACGGGUGCUCACAAGCUCCUGAGGACCGACAUCUUCAUGGACGCUGCCUUCAGCAUAAACCCUGCCCUGGACAUUGGACAGGUGGAGGGAGCAUUCGUCCAAGGCAUGGGGUUCUACACCAUAGAGGAGCUGAAAUAUUCCCCAGAGGGUGUGCUCCACUCUCGGGGUCCAGACGACUACAAGAUCCCCACCGUCACCGAGAUACCAGAAGAGUUGUACGUCUCUCUGGUGCACUCGCGAAACCCCAUAGCCAUCUACUCGUCCAAGGGGUUGGGUGAGGCUGGAAUGUUCCUGGGGUCCUCGGUCUUGUUUGCCAUCUACGACGCGGUGACGGCUGCCCGCAGGGAGAGAGGCAUGAGUGACACCUUCCCCAUGAACAGCCCGGCGACACCUGAAGUGAUUCGUAUGAGCUGCACGGAUCAGUUUACCGACAUGAUUCCCAGAGAUGACCCUUCAACAUUCACGCCUUGGUCCAUCCAUGUGUCUUAACCUCGCGCCUCUGAGGAAAUGAAAAAACAAACACAUAGCAUCGGAGCAGCAUGCAUUGACUUGAGCUUGGCAAGCACGGUUUUCUACUUUGAGUAAUCCUCUGUGAUUAGGUUAUUGCAUGGUUACAUUUUAGGGUGCAGGUUUUCACCAAACAGGGUUAACAAAACUUAGAAUCAAAUUCUGAGCCAGGGGGUGGUGGUGCACGUGUUUAAUCCCAGCAUUUGGGAGGCAGAGGCAGGCGGAUCUCUGUGAGUUUGAGGCCAGCCUGCUCUACAGAGCUAGUUCCAGGAUAGCUCCAAAGCUACAGAGAAACCUUGUCUCAAAAAUAAAUAAAAUUAAAAAAAAAAGAAUCAAAUUCUGA